CCAUUGGGAUUCGAGAACCAUAACUUCCUCCUCGCCCACUACGUAAACCGCCAUCCGAUCCCAAGUUGCCGCCACAACACAACGCGCAUAGCAAACAACAACAAGCCGCAAAUAUGGCCGCAUCAAAAACAACACUCCAAGAGUUUGAGGCCGUCUUCCCCAAGCUUGAGGAGGUCCUGCUCGAGCAUGCCAAGUCUUACAAGCUGCCCCAGGGCGAGAUGGCAUGGUACAAGAAGAGUCUCGAGACGAACGCCAUCGGUGGCAAGUGCAACCGCGGCAUGUCCGUCCCCGACUCAGUCUCGGCCCUCCUCGAGCGUCCCCUUUCGGAAGACGAGUACUUCAAGGCGGCCACCCUCGGUUGGAUGACGGAGCUCCUGCAGGCAUUCUUCCUCGUCUCGGACGACAUCAUGGACUCGUCCAUCACUCGCCGUGGCCAGCCGUGCUGGUACCGUCAGGACGGCGUGGGCAUGGUUGCCAUCAACGAUGCCUUCAUGCUCGAGGCUGCCAUCUACACACUCCUGAAGAAGUUCUUCCGUGACCACCCCGCCUACGUCGACCUUCUCGAGCUCUUCCACGAGGUUACAUACCAGACCGAGAUCGGACAGUUGUGUGAUCUGCUCACCGCCCCCGAGGACAAGGUCAACCUCGACAACUUCAGCAUGGAGAAGUACCGCUUCAUUGUCAUCUACAAGACGGCCUACUACUCCUUCUACCUGCCCGUUGCCCUGGCCCUGCACCAGCUCAACAUCGGCACCCCCGAGAACCUAAAGGUCGCCGAGGAUAUCCUGAUCCCCAUGGGAGAGUACUUCCAGGUCCAGGACGACUACCUCGACAACUUUGGCCUGCCGGAACACAUUGGCAAGAUUGGCACCGACAUCAUGGACAACAAGUGCAGCUGGCUCGUCAACCAGGCUCUGUCCAUUGCUACUCCUGAACAGAGGAAGAUUCUCGAGGAGAACUAUGGUCGCAAGGACAAGGCCAACGAGGCCGUCAUCAAGAAGCUCUAUGACGACAUGGGACUGGAGCAAAAGUACAAGGACUACGAGGAGAAGGUGGUUGGUGAGAUUCGUGAGAAGAUCUCUCAGAUUGAUGAGAGCAAGGGAUUGAAGAGGAGUGUGUUUGAGACGUUCCUUGAGAAGAUUUACAAGAGGAGCAAAUAGAGUCUCGAUGCUAUAUGCUAGAUGCUAGAUGCUAGAUGCUCCUUUAAGCUGAGCUUGGCUGGAGACAUGGUGUGGUAGGGAGGCAUAGAGCAAUUUUGGCCUUGGUGGUAACUGAUAAAGCUAAUGAAUCAAGAGCAAACUUGCAAACAGUUGGGACCAUGUUCGCAUUGAACAGUAGUUAUCUGACUCUGCACCACCAGCAUCAACCAUGGCAGCACAGUCGCAGUUGCAAG